AUGGUACCUGUCUCUGACCCCAGGUACAUGUUGCAUUGGCAGGACACGCUGGAGCUGGCAGACUUGCCCCUGCAGAAGGGCUCUGUGGAGCUCCUCAAGCAAAGAUGGGAGUCUGCCAAUGCUGUGAGACCUCACCUGAUGCUCCAGUGCUCAUCAGCCCCAAUGUCCCUGGUGCUGAAUAAGAUGAGCUGCAGCAGCACCAAGGAGAAAGUGCCAGCAGACAGCAGGAGGACAGACAUGUUCAAGGAGGAGACCCUAGCAAGCCCUCAGCAGACUGAACACUUCCCCAUUACCGUGGAGGAGCUGCGGAGCCACUUUGAGGCCCUGGGUGGCAAGAAGGAAGCAGAAAAUGAAAGAAGUUCACAUUCACUGACAUCAAAGAGUCAGCCUGGGAGCCAUUCCACCAGUACUCCAAAGGAGUCUAGUGUGAAAAGAGGGAGAGCAAUCUUUGAAAAGAUGUCAUCAGAAAAUGGCCUCAGCAGGCUGUUUGAAAUGGGUUCUCACAAACGUGUAAGAGGACUAUUUAAAGAGAGUGCUUCCAGGGCUGAUAACGCACUGCUGGAUGUCCAGGAAACUGUCUCCUUGAAAGAAAGGAUGGCUAUGUACAAGGCUGCUGUGUUCGAGAUAGAGGGUAGCAACUCCUUUGCUCAUACUUCAGAGAAAACCAAGUUCUGUACUGUGCCUGGUGGCCUGGCAGCAGUGAGGAAACAAUUCGAGAAAGUGCGGACGAUGUCUUCACGAAAGACCUUUUCUCUGUACCAGCACAAAUCUGUACAGAACCUAAGAGCCUUUGCUGCCUACUAUGUGGCAGAAAUUACCAGUAAGGCAAUGAAUGCUCCCCUGUAUCGAUUCAGCAGAAAUGUCACCGAAGAUUCAAGCAGUGCUUCUCAUCGUGAGCAAGUUACUCAAGGGACAAAAAUGGCUUCCACAUGGAGUCAGAAUACUGAUGAAACAGUAAUCAAUGCAGCUCAGGACGAAGAGCUCCCAAAGACUGUAACACAGAUUUUAAAACAGCAGAUUGAAAGGACAGUUCAGGAAACAGCUGUUCACUCUGACAGAGAGACUGCAACACCUGCAAAAGAAGUAAAGAAACUGCAGAUUCAGGAAAAUGAAACGUGCAGACUCUGUCAACAGAGAGUUUACCCAAUGGAGUGCCUAGUUGCUGACAAGCAGAAUUUUCAUAAAUCAUGUUUCCGAUGUUACCACUGUGGCAGUCAAUUAAGCUUGGGAAAUUAUGCAUCUCUCCAUGGAAAAAUAUACUGUAAACCCCAUUUUAAGCAACUUUUCAAGUCAAAAGGAAAUUACGAUGAAGGCUUUGGACACAAGCAGCAUAAAGAAUUAUGGAAUUCUAAAGAGCGAUGUAGCUCAGCUGGCAAUACUCAUGCUGAAGAAACAAAUCCCAUUAGUAGUAUACCUGUUGAUCCUAAACCAAUUACAGACAUUGAUCAAGACUUGUACUCAGGUACUGAUGGUUCACUACCUGAUAUUUUGGAUAGUAAUUUGAAAAAAAACACAGAAAGGGGUAAACUAAAGCUGACAUGGCCUCCUUCAACAGGUGAGGUAACACCUAAGAAAACAUUUUCUAUUGAAGAAGUGGCUAAAGUAAAUAAGCCGAAGUGGCCCCCCGAAGGUUUUGCUCAAGAAGGUUCUAAUUUAAAUACCUAUAAACCUCUGGGCAAUAAAAAGGAUCCUCAGAAAGAAAAUGCUGUGAGCAAGCAAAAUAAAAAUGACACUGCAAAUGCACAACAAAAUCAACACUCAUCCUUCAGUGCUCUGUCUGAAAAAGAAGCCACAAAUACCUCUAAAGUAAAGAAAAAUGAAGCAGGCGAUAAGAGAAAAGAGGAGGAAGCUGGGAAUGUGCAAGAUAAGUGGAAUAAAACAGGAGAAUCACAGAACAUGGAGGAAAGUGGGAAGGAUUUUAAUGGAAGUGAUAAAGUGAUUGUGUAUGCUGCUGGGAAGGAGCAAGAGAAAAAAAUAAAUGAAACUGAUGGUUCAGAAGUUGUACAGGUUACUAACAUUGAUGAUGUAACAGUACAAAAGGAUCACAAAGAAUUCAGCUUAAAUAACAAUAACAAUUAUGCCACUUUUUCACACCUAAAUUUUAGGCAAGAAACAACCCUCUCAGCUACAGCUAACCCAAUGACAGCAUUAAGCCAUGCAAUUUGCUCUGUAUUGCAGCAUGCCUUUACAAAGCUGGAAAAUCAGUCUGGAAAUGAAGAAAUAUUUGAGAUGUAUGAAUCUCAAGAGAGCUAUUGUAGUGAUACUGUAACUGUUUCACAGGAUGAACAAAACUCAAAAGAUGAAGAUGCUGUUACCUCUAAUAAUCUUGCUCAAUUUAAUAAAGAUGCCACUUGUCAGAAGUCUCAUAUUAGUACAUUAAAGGAGGCAACUAAUACAACAUUGCCUGUUGAUAUGGAGUUGGCAUGCACUGGAGAAGAAUCAAAAUGUGACAAAAACUUAAACACUAUUUUUUUAUUUGACACUCUGAAAACACCUUUCCUUAAAAAAAAGCCCAACAACCUGGAUUUAGACUGUGGUUGA